AUGAAUAACCAGAAUAUAGAGGUACUGAAAUGGAGUAAGAAGGUACCAGAAUGUAGUAAUGAGGUACUAGAAUGUAGCAAUGAGGUAUUGGAAUGUAGCAAUCGGGUACUAGAAUGUAGCAAUGAGGUACUAGAAUGUGGUACUGAGGUACCAGAAAGUAAUUCAUUAUCAAUAUCAUCAUCAUCACAUGGCAAUUCAUCAGUAAAACUGCCAGUUGAGCACAUUGGUAUCACAAAUAGUAAUAAAAAUGAUAAAUCGAAAGUAAUGGAUAUUCCAUUAAAGCGGCUGUUUAAUAAUACAACAUCGCAUCCAUUUCCACCGCCACAGCAGCAUCAACAUAAUAGUUAUAAUUAUCCAAGUAAUGGCACAUUAAUGACAAAGUUAAUGUCAAGUCCGCAUCAUGGAUCGAUGGGGAAAAAAACAGACGCACCAAUGCUGAAUCUUGUGUAUGAUUCACAUUUAAAGCAACGUUAUCCGGACUUUCGCUUGGGAACUCAUUUCGAUGAAAUUGCAGUUGGAUCAUUAAUCAAUGUGACCAUACAAGAAGGAAAGACAGCUUAUUUCGACUGCAAAAUUAAUUUAUUGCAAGAUAAAACAGUAACGUGGGUACGUCGAAUCUACACACCAGAUCCCAAUGAUGAAACACGUGAGAUUCAAGAACUGCAAUUACUAACAGUUGGCGUAAAUACAUUUGUCGCAGAUUCUCGGUACGUUGUUGACUUUCAGCAUCCAAACAAUUUUCGAUUGUCGAUACGAAAUGUCAGCAUGCAUUACGAUGAAGGUGUCUACGAAUGUCAGAUUACAACACAUCCACCGAAAGUAAUUCAAUUCUAUUUGCAUGUUAAUGCUCCGCAGCUGUUUAUUGCUGAUGAAAACCUAAAUCCACUUUACGAACGUCAUUAUGAAGUUAAUUCGACACUUGAGCUAUAUUGUUACGUACAUAACAUCGAAAUGACAUCAUCUGUGGUUUUAUGGAUUCAUAAUGAUCUUGUACUAAACUACGAUGCGACUAGAGGUGGAAUAAGUGUGCGAACAGACUUAACUGAAGAAGGUGCUAAUUCAACAUUAAGUGUAGCCAAAAUUAAUAAGUUCGAUUCUGGUAAUUAUACUUGCUCAAUUGGACCAACACACUCAUUUACAACAACUGUUCAUGUUCUUAAUGAAGCUCCAACAUUACAUUCAUAUCUUAAACUAAUGAAUAGUACCGAGAAGAAAUGCACAGUGUGA